AUACAUCACUUGUCGUGAUUGGCUCAUAUGACGUCCUCCCAUUCUCCGCCUGUCACGCUGUGCCACCUAUUAGUGCCAGUCAGUGCCGCCUAUCAGUGCCAUCUAUCAGAGCUGCCUUUCAGUGCCCAUCAGUGAUGCCUGUCAAUGCCCAUCAAUGCCACCUAUCAGUGCCAGUCAGUGCCACCUAUCAGUGCGAAUCAGUGCCGCCUGUCAGUGCCACCUAACAGUGCCAGUCAGUUCCGCCUAUCCGUGCCAUGUAUCAGUGCCAUGUAUCAGUGCUGCCUUUCAGUGCCCAUUAGUAAUGCCUGUCAAUGCCCAUCAGUGCCACCU